AAGCAUACUUGAAGGCGUGUUUUGCUGUACGAUUCUGGAAAGCCAAGCUCCUAGUUGGAGGAGACGAGGCCACCAACCAAACGCCUUCUUUCACCGGUGAUCUGUUCUCUCCUCUUUUUAAUCUCUCUUUUCUCGUAGAGAUUUUCUGAUUUUCUAAUUGACUGGUGGACUAGUUAGCUUGAGCUUUGUUUGAGGGAGGCGUUUCCUGUUUGCACAUAAGAUGUACUUCCGGUCAUCAUCAUACAAAAAUGCAGAUAUUGAGCUUGUUUUAAUACAUAAAUGGACUGCAAAAAGUUCAUCCGGUUGGUUGAGGAGAAAAAGAAGAGAGCUUUGGAGAAGAAAGAAGCCCCUUUAAAAUGGGAGCAGAAAUUGGAAGCUGCUGCAAAGGCAAAGGCUGAAUCUGAAGUCAAAGAGAGGAAGCAGAGGGUGGCAAAGCAUAAAAGAAGAUCUGUAUUGAAGUCUGACACCGACGCUGACACUGAUAGUGAUAGCAAUGAUGGGAGAAAGUCUCGGAAAAGAACCCAUAAAAAACAUAGAAAGCAUGCCCACUCUGAUUCAGGUGACAGUGAGAAAAGGAGGGAAAAGAAAUCAAAGCGAAAGCCAAAAAGAUGGUCCUCAGAGUCUAGUGAAGAUAGCAGUGAUGGUUUUGAUAGCAACUUUGAAGAAGAAAGGAGGAAGAAGAGAAACCAUAAAAGAUACAGGCAUCACCAUUCAAGAUCAGAUUCCAGUGCUUCUGAUUCUUCAAGUGAUGAUGAUGAUGAAGUGAUCAGAAGGAGAAGCCAUGCAAAGCAUCGACGACGCCACAGACGAUCACUAUCCGGUGCUUCAGAUUCUGCAAGUGAUGAGGACAAUGGUACAAUCAAGAGAAGUCAUUCAAAGCAUCACAAGCGUCACCGCAGGUCAGAGAGUACUUCAGAUUUCUCAAGUGAUGAGGACAGAAGAAGCCAUGCAAAGCAUCAUAAACAUAAUAGGCGAUCCCAUAGCAUGGACUCAAGGUCGUUUGAUUCUGAUGACCACAGGUGUGACCGAAGGAGCCAAUCUUUGGGAAGGUCAUCGGAUGACAAUGAAGGAGGCAAAAAAUCAAGCCACAGGAGACCUGGUCAUCAUCACCAUAGUCAUCACAAGAACCGGCAUCAUGAUUCCAAUGAGGAGGAGAAAAAUCAUUCACGCUCAGAUGAGGAGGAAAGGCAUCCAGCCCAGAGUCCGCAAGAAGACGAUAAAAAUCAUGCUGAGUGAUGAUUGAGAUAACUAACAUUCAUUCUCAUGAUGGGCAAAAUGACUAGGGUUGAAACCUAUUACUUUAUUUCUAGUUGCAUUCGUUCUUUCUGAUUGGAUUAUCAGACGGAUGGAAAUUGGAAUUGCUUGUGAUUUGUGCUAAAUUUGUGAGAGGCUUGGACCUACCUUUUAUGUUGUUAAGAUUGAUGUCGGAUUUCAUCUUAAAUCGACUUUGAAUUACCUUUUUUAGGAAAUACAA